AUGGAUUGGGUUGGCCCUUUAUGGGACCGGGCCGAGGCGACAUUCGAGAAAGGACACAUUAGGACAGUCAAUCUGGACUUUGACGCUCGCGUCCCCAUUCCCUUCAGUGUCUUCCCGUCGUCGUACCGGAGUGACACUGUCUCUGAGACUACUCACACUAGAGUAGAGGGAGAGGUCAAGUUAACAGGUGCUUCGCGCGUCGGACGGGAAGAUACUGGAUACGAAGGCCCAUUCCCGUCUCAUAGCCAUCAAGAGGUUGACGUUCAUAUUCACUCUGAUCGCCGUCAACACGACGAGUUCCCCCGAUCCCGUUAUCCUGAGGUAGAACUAACAAGAGAACGAUACAACGGUAAUCAAGACCGAAAAGCCUGGGAAACUCAGCUUGAUAUCACUGAACGUGAAUACCGUCAACGCACCGAUCCCAAUUAUCAAGUUGAAUACAUCAACCGGCCAAGCCAGGUCCGUGACAUCGACGUUUCGUACAACAACCAGUUCCAGCAGAUCGACACUACCGGAGCCCCCAGCCACGUCAGUGAAGUCGAUUACGCAGGCCGAGGCAGCGAAAGAGCUUACGGAGACGUCAACGUGAAUCGACGCAUCGUUAUCGAACAAUCACCUGGCAACAUGGGUUACUACGACGACGAAGGCCACUACCAUUCGUUCCGCCGCGGCGUUGAGCGCGCUGCUGACCGCAUCCUCCAUCCUCUCCACCAUCAUCACCACGACAGAAAGGAAGAGGUUGUCAUUAGCGACGAGCGUGGGCCCACCCGUGUCCGCGAUGGCGUCCGCGAGUCUGUGAGAGUCGUGCAGCCUCGUGGUGGUCAUCCACCGGACACCAUCACCAUCCCAUGCCACUUUAUCCGCGUUGGUGAUCUGUUAAUCCUCCAGGGCCGCCCAUGUCAGGUCAUUCGCAUCUCCGUCUCUCCACAGACUGGCCAGCACCGUUACCUUGGUGUCGACCUUUUCACCCGCCAGCUUCAUGAGGAGUCUAGCUUCAUCUCUCACCCCUCUUCCUCCGUCGUUGUCCAGAGCAUGCUGGGCCCUGUCUACAAGACCUACCGCAUUCUGGACAUCCGCGAGGAUGGCCGUAUUGUUGCCAUGACCGAAACUGGUGAUGUCAAGCAAGGUCUUCCCGUCGUUGACCAGGGCAAUCUGUUCAGCCGUAUCAGCGAUGCCUUCAGUGAUGGCCGUGGAAGCAUCCGCGCACUCGUCAUCAAUGAUGGUGGCCGUGAGCUGGUUGUUGACUACAAGGUUAUCCACGGAUCCCGUCUGUAG